AUGUCAAUAUUUUUUAAAAAAAGUAAUAAAAAAGAAAAUGAAACAUCAUCAAAAUCAACAUCAAAAUCAAAUAAAAAAUCAAAUAAAAAACAACCAAAGAAAACUAUAGAAUCAUUACCAAAUAUAAUAUUAAUUAAUAUUUUUAGUAUUAUUAGUGAUGAAUAUCAUGAGAAUAUAUCAGAUUUUAGAUUCAUUUGUAAAUUAUGGAGUGAUUUAAUUUGUAAAAAUGUAUCAAUUCGAAUUAAUUUUAAUAAACCAACAACAAUGUUACAAUCUCCACGUAGUCCAACAACAUCAUCAACAUCAAAGAAUAAUAAAUCACCAACAUUAAAUUCAGCACAAUUACAAGCACAACAGGCACAACAACAAACUCCAUUAGGAUUUUAUCAUAUUCAACGUACAAUUGUUAAAUUUUCAAGAAUAAGAUAUUUAAGUUUUAGAAAUAAUCUUUCAUUAGAUGUUGAUUUAUUAUUAGAUAUUUUCAAUGGUACACAAAAGAAAUUCUCUGAUUCUUUACAACAUUUAGAUAUUGGUAAAAUGGAAUUAGAGAAACGUGAUCCAAAAAUGCAAUUAGUAAAUCGUGUUUUAACCAAUUUUCCAAACCUUGUCGCAUUGGAUAUCUCUGAUAAUGAAUUAACCGUUCAAUCAAUUAGCGCAUUUAAAGAUACUUUAAAGAAUUGGAAAUCUCAUCCACAUUUAUCAUGUUUAAAUUUAUCAGUUAAUAAAAUUGAUUCAGGUGGUUCAUUAAUUUUAGGUGAAGCAAUAUUUAAAGAUGAUGAUGAUGACAAUGAAAAUAAUAAUAAAAGUAAAAUUGAAUUUUUAAAUUUAAGAUCUUGUUUAUUGGUUGAAAAAAGUUUAGAAAACUUAUUAUGUGGUGAAAAUAAUAAUGGAAAACUUUAUAAAAAAGUUUUAAAUUUAAAUAGUUUAUUAAUUGGUCAUAAUUUUAUUGGUUCAUCGUCAUCGUCAUCGUCAUCGUCAGGGGAUGAAAAUUGUGGUGGUAUAAAAAUUUUAGAGAAAUUAUUAUUAAAAUCAUCAAAAUUACAAUAUUUAGAUUUAGAAUAUUGUUCAAUAGGUAUGAAUGGUUUCACAGAGUUAUCACCAUCAUUAUUAUCAUCAUGUUCUUCAACUUUAAUUUAUGUUGAUUUAACAUGUAAUAAAAUCGAUACAAGUGAUUCAACUAAACAAUUUGAAGAUUCAAUUGAAAGAAAUAAAGAUUCACUCACUAUGAAAUUCUUUGAUACAACUAUGAAUAAAUGGAAUUUUGAAAAAUUAAAAUCAAGAUCUGAAUAUGUUCAAUUACCAAUGCUUUGUCAAAAACAAUAUGCUUUUAGAUAUCUUUUAGUAGAUAUGGUACAAUCAAUUCAAAAAAAUGGUUAUUAUUAUCCAACAAUUUGUAAAAUUAGUCAACAACAACAACAACAAUUAACUAAAUAA